AGUGCUCAUUUGUUUUAGAGAGUGCUCAUUUGUUUUAGAGAGUGCUCAUUUGUUGUAGAGAGUGCUCAUUUGUUUUAGAGAGUGCUCAUUUGUUGUAGAGUGCUCAUUUGUUUUAGAGAGUGCUCAUUUUAGAUACCAUUGCUCCUAAAGUGCAAAACCGUUCUGAUCUGGGACACGGCCAGAGAUAAUAACCUGACCUGCUGAACUGCUGCCACUGUGUCUUUGAUGUAUCUAGUUUUGUACCACAGUAGACCAGCAAACAGCUGCUGUUAGUCAUCCUCCUGUCCUCGUGUCCUCCCUUCCUCCUGUCCUGUUGUCCUCCUGUCCUGUUGUCCUCCCAUCCUGUUGUCCUCCUGUCCUGUUGUCCUCAUGUCCUCUUGUCCUGUUGUCCUCCCAUCCUGUUGUCCUCUUGUCUUGUCCUAUGUCCUCUUGUCCACCCGUCCUCGUGUGGUUCUUGUCCUCCCAUCCUCGUGUCCUCUUGUCCUCCCAUCCUUGUGUCCUCCCGUCCUGUUGUCCGCAUGUCCUGUUGUCCUCGUGUCCUCCCAUCCCGUGUCCUCUUGUCCUCCCAUCCUCAUGUCUUCUUGUCCUCUUGUCCUCCCAUCCUCGUGCUCUCUUGUACUCCCGUCCUCGUGUGGUUCUUGUCCUCCCAUCCUCGUGUCUUCUUGUCCUUUGUCCUCCCAUCCUCGUGUCCUCCCAUCCUGUUGUCCUCGUGUCCUCCUGUUCUGUUGUCCUCGUGUUCUCUUGUCCUCCCGUCCUCGUGUUUUCCCAUCCUCAUGUCUUCUUGUCCUCCCGUCCUCAUGUCUUCUUGUCCUCCCAUCCUCGUGUCCUCUUGUCCUCCCAUCCUCGUGUCUUCUUGUCCUCCCAUCCUCGUGUCUUCUUGUCCUCCCAUCCUCGUGUCUUGUCCUCCCAUCCUCGUGUCUUCUUGUCCUCCCAUCCUCGUGUCCUCCCAUCCUCGUGUCCUCCCAUCCUCGUGUGGUUCUUUUCCUCCCAUCCUCGUGUGGUUCUUUUCCUCCCAUCCUCGUGUGGUUCUUUUCCUCCCAUCCUCGUGUGGUUAUUUUCCUCCCAUCCUCGUGUGGUUCUUGUCCUCCCAUCCUCGUGUCUUCUUGUCCUCCCAUCCGCAUGUCUUCUUGUCCUCCCAUCCUCGUGUCUUCUUGUCCUCCCAUCCUCAUGUCUUGUCCUCCCAUCCUCAUGUCUUGUCCUCCCAUCCUCGUGUGGUUCUUGUCCUCCCAUCCUCGUGUCUUCUUGUCCUCCCAUCAUGUCUUGUCCUCCCAUCCUCAUGUCCUCCCAUCCUCGUGUCUUCUUGUCUUCCCAUCCUCGUGUCCUCCCAUCCUCGUGUUCUCCCAUCCUUGUGUGGUUCUUUUCCUCCCAUCCUCGUGUCCUCCCGUCCUCGUGUCUUCUUGUCCUCCCAUCCUCAUGUCUUCUUGUCCUCCCAUCCUCGUGUCCUCCCGUCCUCGUGUCUUCUUGUCCUCCCAUCCUCGUGUGGUUCUUGUCCUCCCAUCCUCGUGUUCUCCCGUCCUCGUGUCUUCUUGUCCUCCCAUCCUCAUGUCUUGUCCUCCCGUCCUCCCAUCCUCGUGUCUUCUUGUCCUCGUGUCUUGUCCUCCCGUCCUCGUGUCCUCCCAUCCUCGUGUCUUGUCCUCCCGUCCUCGUGUCCUCCCAUCCUCGUGUCUUCUUGUCCUCCCGUCCUCGUGUCCUCCCAUCCUCGUGUCUUCUUGUCCUCCCAUCCUCGUGUCCUCCCGUCCUCGUGUCUUCUUGUCCUCCCAUCCUCAUGUCUUGUCCUCCCGUCCUCGUGUCCUCCCAUCCUCGUGUCUUCUUGUCCUCCCAUCCUCGUGUCCUCCCAUCCUCGUGUCCUCCCAUCCUCGUGUGGUUAUUUUCCUCCCAUCCUCGUGUGGUUCUUGUCCUCCCGUCCUCGUGUCCUCCCGUCCUCGUGUCUUCUUGUCCUCCCAUCCUCAUGUCUUGUCCUCCCGUCCUCGUGUCCUCCCAUCCUCGUGUCUUCUUGUCCUCCCAUCCUCGUGUCCUCCCGUCCUCGUGUCUUCUUGUCCUCCCAUCCUCGUGUGGUUCUUGUCCUCCCAUCCUCGUGUCCUCCCGUCCUCGUGUCUUCUUGUCCUCCCAUCCUCAUGUCUUGUCCUCCCAUCCUCGUGUCCUCCCGUCCUCGUGUCUUCUUGUCCUCCCAUCCUCGUGUGGUUCUUGUCCUCCCGUCCUCGUGUCUUCUUGUCCUCCCAUCCUCAUGUCUUGUCCUCCCAUCCUCGUGUCCUCCCGUCCUCGUGUCUUCUUGUCCUCCCAUCCUCAUGUCUUGUCCUCCCAUCCUCGUGUCCUCCCGUCCUCGUGUCCUCCCAUCCUCGUGUGGUUCUUGUCCUCCCAUCCUCGUGUCCUCCCGUCCUCGUGUCUUCUUGUCCUCCCAUCCUCAUGUCCUCCCAUCCUUGUGUCCUCCCGUCCUGUUGUCCUCCCAUCCUCGUGUUUCCUCUCUAUCACCUCUAUCUAUUCAACCCCCCCACAGGGUCCUGCUCCAGUGUGGUCUGGAUUUGGACAGUGGUGAUGUGGAUGGCUGGACAGCCCUGCACGCUGCUGCUCACUGGGGACAGCAGGAGGUGUGUUCUCUGCUGGCUGACAACCUGUGUGACAUGGCUGCACUCAACAACGUGGGACAAACCCCUUUAGAGGUAGCAGAUGACACCCUAGUGGACACUCUGGAGCAGCUGACUAAGAAACAGAACGCUUUGCGUACAGAGAAAGCCAAGCUGUCCCAGCCUCCGGUCAUUGAAACCAGUCCUUCUAUCAAUAUGGCACCAGUUAGACCACGCAGGACCUCAAUCUCUCGUAUGAGCAGCAGGGAGAAGAUCUGCCUCCACGAGAGAGAGAAGCACCCUCCCCCUGCCCUGACCAGCAGCCCAGCCGAAGAAGAAGAGGAGGAGGGAGGACAAGGCCAGCCUGGGACGCAGGGACAGGGCCAGCCUGGGACUCAGGAACCGGGCCAGCCUGGGACGCAGGGGACACAGGGACAGGGCAAGGCCUCCAGCAGCUCCAGUUCAGAAGAGGAGGAUGACGAAUCUGAGAGUGAUGCUGAAUCAGAGAAAGCCAAAAACCGAGAGAUCAUCAACAACUUGAACAACAAAUGCAACAGCUCCUCCACCCACGCUACCUCCACGGCAACCUCCACGGCAACCUCCACGGCAACCAGCACUUCAGGAGACCCGGCCAAAAAGCAGGACCCAGGGAAGCCCCCAGCCCCCGAAGUGGCCCCUAGCUCGGCCCCUGGCGCGGCCCCUGGCUCCUGGAGGACCUCUCUUCGUAAGGCAGGCAGCUCUGUGACCCUGGGUCCCUCAGGGGCCAACGACCCCAGCCAGGAGUCCACCCGCGGGGCCCCUGAGUCUGGCCUGGGCAUUGGGAUGACCCGCUCUGCCUCCAGCCCACGCCUCAGCUCCAACAACACCACCACAGACACCAAGGAACCCAGGACUGCCAGAGUGAACCCCAGUCCAACCAGACGUCUCUUCAGUAUGCCAGACACCAACCCAGACAGCACUAGCAGCUGGCUGAGUCGUAGCUCCUCUUACACCCGACGCCUCAAUAGUACUGGAAGUGAUCUUAGUAGCUCCACUCCCUCCUUGCCUCUCAGCUCAUCCUAUGGACACAAACCGGAUGACCCCACGGGGACAGGAAGUAGCUCCUCUGUUGGACUCAGUCGACUCAACAUCCUGGUGGCCCAGAGACUGGCUCAGGAGCAGGCAGAGAAGAAGGAGAAGGAGCAGGGUUCUGUCACCACCACGACCGGCGGGGGCAGUGAUCUGGAGACCAAGCAGAGGCGCAAGUCCUACUUGACCCCGGUACGUGAUGAGGAGGCUGAGGCUCAGAGGAAGGCUCGCUCCAGACACGCCAGACAGUCACGGCGAUCCACUCAGGGGGUGACGCUCACAGACCUGAAGGAGGCUGAGAAGACAAUGAAGACCGCACAGACGGACGAAGGGAGAGACAAGACAACGAAGACCGCACAGACGGACAAAGAGAGAGACAAGACAAGGAAAGAGGAGGAGGAGGAGAAGGAAGAGGCCAAUAAGAAGAAAGCAGAAGAGGGGGAAGUAAGCUGGAGGUCCCGUAUCGCCAGCCUGCAGAAGUCUGACCUGUUGGGGCUGACUCAACCGGCUGGUACCAUUCGUCCCCAGACCUCCGGCCAGGAGAGGAGUGCAGAAGGGGAGAGUGAGAGUGACCGUAUCGCCAGGGAGAGACGGAGAGCCCGAGCCAGGAGGAGAGCUCAGAGGGCUGGAGAUAGUGAUGACAACGAGCCCAGUGGAGAGGAGGGGUUGGGAGGCAGUGGGCAGGAUCCACAGACAGACAGGCACUCCAGCACCAGGUCCGACGUGUCAUGUAACGACUGUAUCGACAGAGGAGGCGGCUCUGAAACUAAGGAUUACAAGAAGCUGUUUGAGGUGGUGUCCAGGGAGAAUGGGCAGCUCCAGUCUCAGCUGCAGGACACCCAGAGGACCAUCUCUCAGACGAGACUGGACCUGGACAAGGUUACCCAGAGACAAGAGCGGUUCAGUGAUUGUUCAGCCAUGCUCGAGCUAGAGAAGAAGGAGCGACGGAUGUUGGAGCGGCGUGUGGCUGAGCUGGAGGAGGAGUUGAAGGUGCUCGGUGACCUGAGAGCUGACAACCAGAGGCUGAAAGACGAGAACGGAGCGCUCAUCAGGGUCAUCAGUAAACUCUCCAAAUAGACGGAGAGAACGAGAGACAACAGGGAAGCCCACUCCCUCCCUCCCUCCCUCCCUCACUCCCUCCCUCUGUCCAUCCACCCCUCCCUCCCUCCCUCACUCCCUCCGUCCAUCCACCCCUCCCUCCCUCCCUCACUCACUCCCUCCCUCCGUCCAUCCAC